UGCCGUGACCUUCCUGCCGAUGUGCAGAGCCAGCCCCGGCGACCGGCGGCCAGCCCCGCUCCGUCCCCGCGUCCCAAAGUGCAUGAGGCUGGUGUCUGCCCCAGAGCCACCCAGUGCCCGCACUGACGCCCAAGGCAGCGCCGGGAGCCAUGUCCGGUUCCUACGACGAGUCGGCAGCGGCCGCGGAGGAAACCACCGACAGCUUCUGGGAGGUGGGGAACUACAAGCGCACGGUGAAGCGCAUCGACGACGGGCACCGGCUGUGCAACGACCUGAUGAGCUGCGUGCACGAGCGCGCCAAGAUCGAGAAGGCCUAUGCCCAGCAGCUCACCGACUGGUCCAAGCGGUGGAGGCAGCUCAUCGAGAAAGGGCCCCAGUAUGGCAGCCUGGAGAAGGCCUGGAGUGCCAUCAUGACGGAGGCAGACAAGGUGAGCGAGCUGCACCAGGAGGUGAAGAACAGCCUGCUGAACGAUGACUUCGAGAAGGUCAAGAACUGGCAGAAGGAUGCCUACCACAAGCAGAUCAUGGGAGGCUUCAAGGAGGCCAAGGAGGCUGACGAUGGCUUCCGGAAAGCACAGAAGCCAUGGGCCAAGAAGCUCAAGGAGCUGGAGACAGCCAAGAAAGCUUACCACCUGGCCUGCAAGGAGGAGAAGCUGGCCAUGACCCGGGAAGCCAACAGCAAGGCAGACCAGUCCAACACCCCUGAGCAGCAGAAGAAGCUCCAGGACAAGGUGGAAAAGUGCAAGCAGGAUGUGCAAAAGACUCAGGAGAAGUAUGAGAAGGUGCUGGACGAGCUGAACAAGUGCACCCCACAGUACAUCGAGAGCAUGGAGCAGGUCUUUGAGCAGUGCCAGCAGUUUGAGGAGAAGAGGCUCAACUUCCUCAAGGAAGUGCUGCUGGACAUCAAGAGGCAUCUGAACCUGGCAGAGAGCAGCAGCUAUGCCAACGUGUACCGGGAGCUGGAGCAGACCAUCCGCCUGGCGGACGCGCAGGAGGACCUGCGGUGGUUCCGCAGCACCAGCGGCCCCGGGAUGCCCAUGAACUGGCCCCAGUUCGAGGAGUGGAACCCCGACCUGACGCACACGAUAACGCGGAAGGAGAAGCAGAAGAAGGGCGAGGGAGCGCCCCUGGCCAACACCGGCGCCGGCGAGCCGGGCGCGGCGGCGGGCGAGCGCGGCAGCCACAGCACCCUGCCAGGCAUCGGUGGCACAGGGCCACCGUGCCCCCGUCCACUCUGAUGUCCUCUCUCCCUCCUGCUGCCCAACCCCAGCGUGAGCAGCCAUGACCGUGGGCAGACCUACAGCGCUGAGUGGUCUGACGAUGAGGGCAGCAACUCCUUCAACACCUCCGAGGCCAACGGCGGCGCCAACCCCUUCGAGGAGGAGGCCAAGGGCGUGCGGGUGCGGGCGCUGUACGACUACGACGGGCAGGAGCAGGAUGAGCUCAGCUUCAAAGCAGGGGAUGAACUAACCAAGCUGGGGGAAGAGGACGAGCAAGGCUGGUGCAAAGGGCGCUUGGACAACGGGCAGCUGGGGCUCUACCCUGCCAACUACGUGGAGGCAAUCUAGGUCUUGUGGUGUGCUCCUCAUCGCCGUCAGCAGAUCAGUCCACCCUCUGUUGUCUCCAUCUCUCCACCAGCCAAGCAGCCAUGUCUGGCCCUCACUCCUCACCUAGAGAUUCUGACAGAUUCCGACCGAGCUUUUAUUUUUGUAAGAGUUGUCUCUGGAGAGUAUUUUGCAUAGCAGCUUCCUGCCGAGGCGCCAGGGACGCCCUGGGCCCAGGGAUGCCCUUGGCCGGCAGCUGAUUUGUUUUCCAAUACCUCAAGAUCUUAAAGCCCAACCAGUGAGAGCUCCUGAUUGGUUGGUUUUUAAAGAUACUGACAUCAUGAGCCGCCUUCUGAUUGGCUGGAACUGUUCCAAAAGGCACAGCGCUGAAGCUCCUGGGACCAAUCAAAUUCAGCCCCCAAAGCCAAGAGCCAAUGGAGCUUGGCUCCAUCUUUUGGUGUUUCCAUCUUCUCCUCCCCAGCCCAUCCUCCCUCCCCCACGGAAGAGGACAAAGGUCCCCUUCGGCCCUGCAGCCCCCUGGCCCCACCUGCAGGCCCCCCUGCAGUCACCUUCAUGCCCGGCCUGGGACAGUGGGGACCAGCUGGGAUGCUGCUGGGGAUGGUCCCCAUCCAACUCCCAGCUUCCUGAGCAGAGGCAGGAGCAGCAUAGGGAUGGGGAUGAGCAAUGCCCAGCCUUGCGUGGUGCCAGCAGGAGCUGCAGCCAGCUGGGGGACAAGGAGGGUUCAGUGUGGGUAGCAGAGCAGCUGCUUGGUGAAGAUGGCUGAGAAGAGCAAAACAGGAGAAUGGGCACAGGCUUUGCCCCCUGCUUGUCCCCAGGGGGCUCUACCCCUCCUGCGCUUGGGCUUUGCAGCCGGACGUGGAAUGGAUGGGACCCUCUCAGCACCCAGCAUGGUCACCCCAACCCCUCUGCCCCUGGCACGUUUGCCAGCCUGAGCUCUUCCUUCCAGACCAUCUCCUUGUUUCCCAUCCCCCUCAGCAGCACUGAUGCCAUCAGCCCUCUGCACGCUCCUCUCCUCCCCUCCCCUCUCGCUGCUUCAUGAAUUUUUUGGCCCCAGGGAUCAAAUGUUCUCAUGGAGGCAGGAGAUGCACCAUGUGCUGGGGGGGCACGGUGGGCAAGAACCACCCAGCCCUGCAUCUCCUGCCAGGUAUGCAAAAACAGGGAGAAAGAAAACAAAGAAAAGGGAAAACCAAAACCAAAAUCGAAACCCAAACAAACCACCAACAACAAAUCCAACAAAGCAAAACCCACACAGAGUCCGACACGACCCAGCCAAGCACCUGUCAGCAGCGCCCCCGGUUUUGUCCAGUGGUGGUGUACCCUCAGAGGUCUCUCUAUAAUCUCUCUCGUGAUUGUAUGACCAUGGAUACAACAACAACAAGCAGCAAGAGAAAAAUAACUGAGCUCUGUAAGCC